CGGGGGUUUCCUUGUCUUUGACUGGAGACCGUCGAGCAGGAGAGGCGGACGAUGACAGCAUCCGUUGCUGUUAUUCAGCCUUCACACAUCUCAAUGAACUGCCCGCACAGACGCCACUGAUCGCGCCUGCUGCGUCCUGCAGGGGCAGAGCUACUGUCGGUCCCUCUCUUCUGCCUCCGACCAUGGUGCUAGGAAAGGUGAAGAGCUUCACAGUGAGCUACGACUGUCUCAAUGACAGCAACGUCCCCGUGUUCUCCAGCGGGGACUGCGUCUCAGGGAGGGUGGUCAUCGAGGUCACCGGGGAGAUCCGCGUGAAGUCCCUCAAGAUCCACGCGAAGGGAUUUGCAAAAGUUCGCUGGACCGAGUCGAGGAACGCCGGCUCCAACACUGCCUACACGCAAAAUUACACAGAAGAAGUGGAGUACCUGAAUCACAAAGACAUCUUGAUUGGGCACGAGAGAGACGAUGACAACUCGGAGGAAGGGCUCACCACUAUCCCUUCAGGAAGACAUGAGUAUGCAUUCAGCCUCGAGCUUCCACAGACACCUCUGGCUACCUCUUUCGAAGGGAAGCACGGCAGCGUGCGCUACUGGGUAAAGGCAGAACUUCACAGACCGUGGCUCCUGCCCAUGAAGACCAAGAAGGAAUUUACGGUCUUUGAGCACAUUGACAUCAACACUCCACUAUUGCUGUCACCACAGGCCGGCACAAAAGACAAGACGCUUUGCUGCUGGUUCUGCACCUCAGGUCCUAUUUCCCUAAGUGCCAAAAUUGAAAGGAAGGGAUACACCCCAGGAGAGUCGAUCCAGAUCUUUGCCGAGAUCGAGAACUGUUCGUCCCGCAUGGUGGUGCCAAAGGCAGCCAUCUACCAGACCCAGACCUUCUAUGCCAAAGGGAAGAUGAAGGAGGUCAAGCAGCUGGUGGCCAACCUGCGGGGAGAGUCUUUGUCCUCGGGCAAAACAGAGACCUGGAGCGGCAAGAUGCUGAAGAUCCCACCUGUGUCGCCCUCCAUCCUGGACUGCAGCAUCAUCAGAGUGGAGUACUCGCUCAUGGUAUAUGUGGACAUACCCGGAGCGAUCAACCUGUCCCUGAACCUGCCCCUGGUCAUCGGAACCAUCCCUCUCCACUCCUUCGGUUCCCGCACUUCCAGUGUGAGCAGCCAGUGCAGCAUGAGCUGGCUGGGCAUGGGCCUGCCCGAGAGACCAGAAGCUCCUCCUAGCUAUGCAGAAAUUGUGACUGAAGAGCAGAGGCAGAGCAGUCUAGACGUCCCAGCAGCCCGUGAGGAGCUGGAUGGACCUCUCUUCGCCUAUAUCCACGAGUUCCGCUUCCAACCUCCUCCUCUGUACUCUGAGAUCGAUCCAAACCCAGAUCACGUCAGCCGCACGGAGGAGCGCAGGCUCGACGCUUGUCCAUCACGCUGAAGGGUGUUCCUGAAAUUCUCCUGACCGAUUUUCAGGAACUCACAGAAACCUGUUUUCUAGGCUUGGCUUUGUUUAUUUCUCUCCAACGACGAUGUUAACCCUACGCUGUUAACAUCAGGAGAAAAACAAAGUAUCCAACCAACCAACUGACGAAAUCUUGGACAAAUACCCACAGUUGAGUUGGGUUGGACACAUCUGUUUCUGCCUACCCUCAGUGGAAGAAACAGGAGUUACAAGUUUGGGGUGUCGCUUCCUUCCUGUGUCAUGCUGCUGAGGGUGGGAUGUGUACAGAUGAAAAAAAUAAUGAUCCCCACUAGCAGCGAGAGCCCUGGCGAUAGCAUUGACGAUGGGAAGGAAGAAUCCCGACCCAAGGCUCAGCCUGCCAAGCUUCUCUUUCACCCUUGAUUCUUCUGCACUCAUGGCACAUAUGGACAUGGCUCCUCAACACAAAGGGCAGGACUGAUCAUGUCCAGACUUCAGCUGAAUCACAGAAAAUGGGAUGAAGAGAGACAAAUAACAACAACAACAACAACAACAACAACAACAACGACGUUCUAACCACCACCAGUCUGUAUGAAUGAAAGUUUUCAGCGGCAGCAGUCAUCACCAGAGCAAAGACUAAGGUCCCCUUGCCUCAUUUUGGGAUUUUGUUUUGCACAUUUUAUUCUUUACUUGAGUUGUGUGGCUUCGUUUAAUGAUGAGAAUUGAAAAAAAAAAAUCACUAAUAGUUUGGUUUCAGCCUUGUUAUGCGCCAGACUAAAAACGUUUUAAGACUUUCUUCUGCUUAACUUUGAGCAACGCUGAGAACAGGAUUUUAUUUUUUGGAAAAAGAAACUUAAUGAAAAAGACUGAAAAGGUCAAGAACAAUGCACUGAAUUUGUUUUAAGCUGUUUAAGAAUGUUUUCUUUCUCUCCUUACGACAUUUCCUCAGUGACUUAAAACAACUAGACUGGACUUUUACAACAGCUGCAGCAUAAUGAUUUUCAUCUGGAAGCUCUUUAUAAGACGUUGCCUCUACAGCUUGGAUCUCGGUGUGGCUUCCCUUGUUUUUCUUUAGUUUAGCUCUGUUAUUCUCUUCUUGUAUUUAGCUCAAAUCAUAGAAUAGUUUGUUUUUUUUUUAGCCUUUUUUGUGUUGUGGUUGCUCUGGUUUUGGACUAGGAGGGUUGCAGACCUGCGUUUGCCACUAAAAUGUUAGCCCAGGAGAAAAGUUGAUUGUAUGCGUGCAUAACAGAAGGUCGAGGGACCUGCCUCGCCCUGAUUGCCUGCAGCCCCUCUACUCCUAAUCUCAGGGUAAACCAGGUUUGCAUAAACUGCCCAAAAAGCACUGUCUCAGGUGGUCUUCUCACUUGCCAAACGGUUGUUGAAAAAAAGAGAGAAAAAAACGUUUAAAAUUGCACUGUUAAAAAAUAAUGAGUUAUUAUUUUUUUUUUUUGUAAACUACCAAAACGAGAGAAUAGACCUGUAGAGAAGCAAGGCAGCUUUCUGAGAUGAAUCACAUUCCCUUUUUGUCCUGCUGCACUUGCCCAGUUCAUCCAACCACCAGUUAGAUUUUUACCAGACCAGUGAAGCCAGAAUGCUAUGUUUAAAAAAAACAAGAAAAAAGAAAGGAAGAAGUAAAAUAAGUAGAGGAAAUGACAUUGCUUCUGCAUUUUAGAAACAAACCCAGUGCGCGUGAAAAGCUGGGGACGCUGUUAAACCUCUGUGCAGUCUGGUCAGAACAAGUAGUAGUAGGUUGACAUGAGUAAUACAUUGGUUUUCUAACUCUUUCAACACAAGAAAGUCCGGCUGCAACAGAGGUUUGACAAAGUCGGGAAAUAAAAGAAAAGCAGCACUUUUUUUGAUAAGAAAAAAAAACUGCAUUCAAUGGUGAAGGUCUGGAGAAAAAAAAACACAUGUAGGAUGUAAAUGCAUUACUUAAUUUUUCUUUAAAGAUCAAUAACCUUUUUUUUUUUAAGUUUACAUUAAAACAUAGCUGACACAAGUUUGUACAUGGUGUGUGUGUGUGUGUGUGCGUGUGCGUGUGUGUGUGCAUGCUCUUAUCGAGAUCCAGCUGGCAACUAAAUAUACAGCUUCCGACAGUAAUCAACGCACUGCAGAUUAUUAAAGUGAUCUUAUCUUAGUGGCCUUGACUCAGACAAAAAAAACCUGAUCAUGAUUCUUCAUCUUUCAGUGUCUACGUUAACUCUUGUUCUCCUUUUUUCUUUUUUUUUAUUAUGUUUGUGAACACCUGUAUGUUUUACACCUUUUUCGUGUUUUUAUUUUCCAAAAGGACAAAAAGGGAAGAGGUUUUAAAAAAAAAAAGUCCUUUUAGAAGCAAGUGUUUAAAAAAAAAAAAGAAAAAAAAGAAAAAGACAUCCUGGACAGGUUUCUCGAUUGUGUUUCAUUUCCUGAGGCUGAUGAGGGUUGACUUUAUAUUUUUUUCAUGUAUUUCUGGGCAUUGAUAUAGUUUGCUUUCUAGUUUAACAAGCAACCUUGUUGGGUUAGUAUCCCUGACCUCUGACCCCCCCCCCCCCAGGCCCCAGGGGUGGCAGCUGUUGACCAGCGCCCCCAACUCUGAAAAACAUUUUGGUAACAUGGGACAGCAGACAACCUGCUUCUUCCACUCAUGUUCUAUCCUGUUCUGUUUGUUUGCAGCUCUUUGUUUUUUGCAUCUUAUCUUAGGGAAAAGUGAAUCAAGCUACGCUGUGAUGAAUAAGCUCACACGGUUGUUUCAGGUUGGUCGAUUCCAUAGUCCAUUUGCUUGGGCCUCAGAGUAGUCCAGUGUCAAAACUAAGCUAAACUCCUGGUCUGUUUGAAGCCAGGAACUGAAAUGUUCAGAGUUUUAAAGAACCCACGAGACGGGAUCUGAAACAUUUUAGAAACAAAGUGCAAUAUUACUCACUGAAUUUUUCUUCAUUCUCCAUUUGUUUGUUUGUUUUUGUCUUUUUUUUUUGUCUGUUAAUCAUGACGUUGUAUAGAUAUUCUAUGAAUAUGCUAUGUUCUGAAUGAUUUUACCUUUUGUCUAGUUCUUCCUUUUGAUUUGAAUAAACAUUUUGUUCAAAAUUA